ACGGCAUUCCCUAGGCUUGGGUCUGCUGGUCCCACCAACCUGAUCAGAAACGCACUCCCUUUUUGCAGGCGGCGUUCCGACCAUAUUAUCUUAGACCUAGAUUUCUCCCAAGUUUCAAUGCUUACAGAUCGCGGUGCCUCUUCGUAAUCUGUGGCUGGGUUGCCUCGGUAAAUUAGUCUGUUCCGCGUUCCAAGAUUUUUCCGGCUGCGCAUCGGGAAUAAAGUGCUCGAUUUGACAGCAAACUCCUCCUCCACUGGUUUCGCUGCCCGAUUUGAUCUUGCCGCCAUGGCCAUACCCUUGAAACACGAUCUUAGUAUUUUUCUCGCCGCCGUACUCGCUAUUGCGUGCUGCCAGCAGGGAUGCCUAGCGGUCAAAUUUGAGGUCACAGCCUACUCGAAAUGUUUAGGCGAAGAGAUUCAGGAGGGAACCCUCGUUGUAGGAACAUAUUCUGUCGUGAAGCAUGACUCCCAUGGAAACCGGCUGGAAGAAACCGGCAGAGUCACAGCCAAGGUGACGUCACCGUACGGGCAUCAGCUGCAUUGGCAGGACAAUGUGGACGAGGGUCACUUCGGAUUCACAACCAAGGAGACGGGUCAAUACAUGGCGUGCUUCUGGCUGCCCGUGGACCAUCCGCAAGACAUCCACACUGUUAUGGUGGAGCUUGAGUGGAAGAUUGGUGUAGCAGCAAAGGACUGGGGAAAAAUCGCCAAGAAGGACAAACUCGAUGGCAUCGGCCUGGAGCUGCGCAAAUUGGAUGAGGCUGUGAGGUCCAUUCGAGAGGAAAUGGCGUACUUCCGCAAGAGAGAAGCGGACAUGCGUGAUUUGAACGAGGUGACGAAUUCGCGGGUCGCUUGGCUCAGCAUUGUAUCACUGCUGGUGUGUGUUGGCCUGGCUGGCCUGCAGCUGUGGCACCUCAAGGCCUUCUUUGAGCGCAAGAAGCUGCUUUGAGGCAGCUUCAGCUCUAGUGAGAAACUGUUUUGAAAUGUCAAUAAUGAGCGUAGUUAUGGUUGGUCCAACUUGUGAACAUGGUACAAUAGACGUCUUAGGUGCAAGAUUGUGGGUAUGUUAUAACUAGAGGAUAACCUUAUGUACUAGGAGUCUGAUGUCUUGAAGCUCUGCCUAUAUACCCUAAUCGUCAUG